AUGAAGGGGCGGGGCUGGACCACCGAGCUGGCUGGUCACAUGCGAGACCAGCUCCUGCAGCCUAAGAACGACAUAAGCUAUAUAUAUAUAUACGAUUUUUGGUACAAAACCGUCUGGCAACGGUGGGCCUCAACGGGCGGAGAGCCCUGGAUCCAGGGUGAGGCUGGCCCAACAGGCCAACAGGCUUCAGUCCCCUGGAGGAGGAAUCCUACCUGACAUUAUCGAGGCCUACUCCUGAGGCGAGCUUGGCAGACGGCUGCUGCCCCGCCGCAUACCGUUCAGCGCUCAGAGUCAGACCCGCGGGAACCGGCCCCAUAUUCCUCCCCUCCCCCCCUGGACCGGGGGAGGUGAUCCUGGUCUCCACCUUCGGGACCCGACCAGCGAACAGCACAACAGGCGAAGCAGCAGGGCCGGCAAAACCCACGAUCCAGGCAAUGACACCAAGAUGAUGGAGGCCAUGUGGGAUGGCGUCGAGACCAGAGCCCUCACAGGCUGCUUAUCCACAGCGGCAGUACAAAGAGUGGACUGUAAACAUCACAGGUACAGAUCCUUACUGCAACCAUCCACCGGCAAGUACCCUUGA